AAGGCCCUUCCAACCCGAGCCAUUCCAUGAUUCUAUGCUUUAGCAUAUGGUAUCUAUCACACUUGUGUACUGAAUGUGGAGGAUGCUGUUCAUAUAAAUGACAAAAUAAAAGGAACAACGUAAGCAUUUCUUGUUGCUCUAAGGCAACAAGAAAUUACACCCAAGACUAAAAUUCACAUCUAAUUCAUGGAUGUGCCAUGUCAGAGGUAGAAAUGUAGACACAAUAAAAGGUAAACUUAGCUGUAUGUACUUUUCAAUCACUACAUUCAGAAAGAGACCUAGUCAUUAAAGAUGCUAAUGUAACAUUUUAAGGUUCCAUUUUUAAAGGUAAUAAAGAUGAUAAAUAAUUUUAUGGAUUCUUGUUUGGACCUUCAAAACACCAAGAAUCCCUAAGCACUAUAAAGAUAAUAACACAGAAUGAAUACUUCCAAGGAUUUUACAGAUCACUUUUCCUUUAGAUUUCUGUGAGCAUUUCAGGUGUAUAGUGGACACAGAACUGUCACAACACUUGCCUGGACCUGAAUGAAGUCCUUCAGAAGCAGCAAUGCAAGAAGUGAGUGAAAAAAGACUAGAAAAUCUGCACGUGACAUAAAGCCAUUUAAAUAAAUCAGGACCAAAAAACUGUGAGGAGCUUCAGAGGGUUCGAAACAAGGCAGAACAGAUGACAAUACAACAAUCAGUGAGAUUCACGUUAGUAAAUGCACAGUUGGAAAGUGAUUUUCAGUCACCCAUCAUGCAGCGUGUUAUAGCAACCGUAUCACGUGCAGAAAGAAAACAGCAUAAAACAGGCAGCUCAACUGAGAUUAUAGCAUCUCGUGUUUCUAUGAUUCCCACUAAUGACACGUCAGAUUACAAAGUAGACAGGAGGAAACUUCUACAAAGAAUUUUUAUCAUUAACAAGAACUCUCAGAGUGAAAUUAAAUCUUGUUUCUCAUGACAUACUUAAUCUUGAAAAUCAUCUAGUACAAUACAAUGCUUUGCUUGCUGGGGUGGGGCUCACACACAUUCUUCUGAGGCAUCUGAUGUUGCGUACUGUCAGAGACAAGAUUAGACUGGAUGAACCUCCAUUCUGAUCCAGUCUAGCAAGUUGUACAAGCUUAUGCUUUUGUUGCAUUUUAGAAACAAGUAUAGGUUUGGACUUCUCCCAGAUCUUGGAUGGAAGAUCUCAGGUAUCUAAUUUCAGAUUGCAAAUUCUCACUAGGUGGAAUGCCAGUACAAGCACUUGAGCACUGCCUGUGGAAGUCUCUCUUGUGUGUUAUGCCUUUCAACAGAUUUCCUUUUUAGACCCUUUUUGAUGUUACGAGAGACACAAAGGGACUGUAAACUGUGAACAGAGAAGUACUUACUACAUGUUCAUCAAUGCAUCCUACUUAGUAAAUACUACUUGUAGUUGCAGUUUUGAUGAAGAAAUGGUACUAUCUACACAUAGCCACUACAGUGCAGUGGUGAUGGGAUAAAUACCUGCUUGUAUCUAAACCACCCUCUUGGAUUAGAGAUUAUUUCUGCAAAGGUGCAUUUAAAAACACUGAUCAUGCAAAGUCAGAGGUUUGAGCAUGAUCAAUGGCUUACGACAUACGUACACUUAAAGACCAUGAAUCGGUAAUUACAUUCUGUGUUCAGCUCUUUAUUUAAAAAGUUCAAAAUACAUAUUAAAGUCAUAUAUAAUUGAUAUAGAAAAAAUAUGCAAACAACCAACCGCCAACAACAAUACAACCAAGGAUUUUUCUGGAACACCUCCCCAUUGUGCUUAAAUUUAGGCUUUCUUGAUUUCUGCAAACGCGUUGACCUCAAUGCUUACUAAUAAAAGUUGAAGUAGUUAACAAUGUGCCCCUGUUGCCAAGAAGGCUAACGGUAUUCCCUGGGCUGCAUUAGGCAGAGCACUGCCAGCAGACUGGGGGAUCCUUCCUCUCUACUCAACGCUGUCAAGGCCACACCUGGAGUGCUGUGUCAAGUUCUGGGACCCCAGUACCAGAGAGACACGGACAUAACGGUGAGAGUUCAACAAAGGGCGACAAAGAUGAUGAAGGGACUGGAGCAUCUCACAUAUGAGGAAAGGCCGAGAGAGUUAGGACUGCUCAGCCUAGUGAAGAGAAGGCUCAAGGAGAUCUUAACGUAUAUGAGUGAGCACAUGAAGACGACGGGGCCAGGCUCUUUUCAGUGGUGCCCAGUGACAGGACAAGAGGCAAUGGGGAGCAAACUGAAAGACAGGAGGUGCCAUCUAAACAUCAGGAAAGACUUCUUUUACUGUGAUGGUGGCUGACCAAUGGAACAGCUUGCCCAGAGAGGUUGUGGAUUCUCCCACUUUGGAGAUACUCAAAAUCCAUCUGAACAUGAUCCUGGGCAACCUGCUCUAGGUAGCCCUGCUUCACAUUGGAGGGGUGGACAAGAUGACCUCCAGAGAUCCCUUCUCUAACUUCAACCAGUCAGGAAUUCCAUGAAAAUGAAUCUAUAUAUUUAUAGCGUAGCCUUAAUUUACUAAGAGAAUUUGUCUUUAGCUUACCUGAUGCAUAAAGUUCAAUAAGCAAAUAAUAAGAAAAAUGCCAGGAACAUAGGACCAUAUUUUGCAUCAGCUAUCUAAUAUAAAUCCAACUGUCAUUCUGGAAUGACUACAUCUACCUCCAAAUGCAUCAAUGCAUUUAUAAAGGUCGGGUUCAUUUUUCUUAUUGUACAUAUGUCUACACUAAUCUCUACUUGCUAUUUUAUGGCGUAGUCAUUCAGUAUCUUCAUACUCCUCUACAACUUUUCCAAAGCUGUCUCCCUCAUCUUUACUACUCAGAAUAACCUGAUCUAGUCAGGUGGCAUCCCUGUCCAUGGCAGGGGGGUUGGAUGUAGAUGAUCUUAAGGUCCAUUUCAACCCAAGCCAUUCUAUGAUUCUAUGACUUCCUUUUAUCUUAUGGCAACUUUAAGAACAAUAUGUUAUUUAGUCCAAGACUAAAGCGUGAUGGUUUUGAAUAAACUGCAUUAUGCUACAGAAAUUCUGCUCUUUAGGUUUUUACUUUAAACAAGUUUUCUCAUUUUGAAGUGUUUUCACAUUUUAAAGUUAGGAACAAGGGCACUGGAUGUAUUGACUUGUUUACUUCUUGAAGGGUUUAGUAUCUAAGCAUCUUAUAGUUACAGUUGGAGAGCAGCUCUUCAACAGUAAUAUUUGAAGCACAUUCUGUACAUUGUUUAGGGCCAAGCCAAAAUCUGCAUUUCCUACGCUGGGGUCCCUAAAGCACAGCUCUUUGAAGAAACUGCCAUCUAGAGGUUUCUAAAGGCUUCACAUCCCACUGUGGAAUUUAACCUCAUCCGUAGAUAGGAAAAGUCAUCCCUUCUGCUCUUUAGUAUGGUCUGAGAGAUAAAAAGACUCUUCGACUUCUGCACAGCAGGUCAGCAAGAUAAGAUGAAGGAGAGGUGGCAACAUCACGUCCCACCCCUCAUAAAGAAAUUGAGCAAACAACUUUAAAAAAAAAUCCAUUUGCAAAGAAAAAGGAAGGAGGCAUUGCCCACCAGAGCAAGCAGGAGCUGAAGACUUCCACAGCACCAGGGAAACAGACAUGGGCCAAGGUAAGUGAAAACCAUCUCUGCUAAUCCCAAGCAUUUGCUGAUAGUCUGUCAGGAAAAACAACUGUCCCUGCUCCAAGACAGUGUUUACGAGGCUAGCGGAAGAGAGGAACUUCUUACAGUGCAGGAGACAAAGUCUGAGGGAGGUCAAUUCACACGGACUUCACAUAAACAGGGAAAACAAAAGAUUGUAUCGAUGACUAAGAGUAGAUUGAGAGAAGCAGUAAGAAGCAGCUGUGAAAGACUGGAAGCAAGAGCAAGAGAGUUAUCCUUAACAUGGGGGGUGGGGAAAAGGAAUGCAAGCCAGACUACAAAACUGAAGCGGAGAGAUGACUGUUUUAGCUACUUGAAGAAGAACAGGGUCCAGGUUCCAAGCAACUUUAAAGAAAGUGACAAUAAGAUCCAUGAAAAGUCAUAUGAAGGAGAGGAACCCAGACUCCCAUACUGCAUAGAACUCAGCAGCCUACAAGACAGCCAGAACAGACAUCUUCACAAUACAGAAGAAAACACACAAGCUUUGAGUUGGUGCUGUAAAGUUUACACCAGCACAGGUAUGGAACAGCCAUAAAGGGACCUGAACUCCAGACCGCAAGAAGUAACUGCAAACAAUGCAGCAGGGCUUCCACAACCAACAGAGAAGGGACUGCAAUGGGAGGUAUCAAGGUAUCAAUGAAGAAGACAAGGCAAAUUAAACAGGAGGAGAAAGCAGACCAAAGAAAACUGCAAAGAGAAAUACUUGUCUUUUGCAUGGGAGCAGCGGGUUUAGGCAGGAGGGGAAUGCUCUGUGCAUCUUUUCUAGCUGGAACAAAGAGAGAAACCUGGGUCUGAAAGAGGAGGUAUAUGACUGGAUGCGUCAUAUAAAGGGCAGCUGUUACAACUCACAAAUUCAAGGACCUCAGUGAUUAUUUGAGAGCUGAAGAUAUAAGUGAGGUCAGGAUGAUCCCAAGGCUGAGAGAAAUCACAAUGCCAUCUGCUUCUCCACAGAAAGUCUGGGAAGAUUAAGAACACCACCAAAACCAGAAGAAAAGUACAAGUAGGUGAUCACACUAAGGCCACUGAGCACCAAAUUAGAUAAGAACAGGGUGCCUGAAAUUGUGACAAUUUUUUUUCUUUCUGUCACCAGACAGAGGCACGUAUGUGUAUGAUGCAUGCAUAUGAGACAGAUGACGUUCUUCCGUCUCCUGUAGUACCUCUGUGUGCAAGAUUACCGUGUGGUACAAAGAGGGAAAAACUAGUGUUUUAUUUGCUGUGAUCCGAUAUAGUUCUAAGACUACACAGCCACCUUGCAUUUGCACCAGCAGUGAAGUUUGGACCAGUUGCUGACCUCUGAUGCACAGCAGACAUAUCUAGAACAGUAAUUGCUAGAAGACCUUGCAUCCACAAUGUAAGUGGUGUGUGACAACUUGUCUCCUGUGCACAACUUCAACCACGUAUCCACAUGAAGGAAAGCUGCUUUGAGUACACACCGUAAGACUCCAACUGUAGUCACAGUUGCAUGCUCAAUGCUAACCACAAUAGCUGUACCAUUUGAAGGAUCACGUUUGUUCUAUGUCCAUUGCUGGGCAGAAGGAGCUUUUUUAUAGUCACUUGGUUCACUUAACAUUGUUAAGGUAUAAGCAAAAGCUGCUCAUUAGCCACUUGAUAAGAGAACAACCAAGCUCAUAGUGAAGGCCCUUACAGCUACUGGACUGGAAGUCUCAAAGGCAUGGAGCACUGUCUGAGUGGAGAAACAGGCUUGUAUCAGGAUGGGACCCAGGGCCAGAGUGUGGGCAGCUCACAGCCUCAAGCUCAUUCUAUCUCCUCUCAUGCUACAGGUCUGAGCAUCAAAAGAUGUGAUUUCAAGAUCACAAUGAACAACAAUAACCACCACACAGAAGAAAUCAGCACUAAAAGGCUUAUGGUGAGACGUGGGCAGUCAUUCAUUAUCACAGUGAGCUUCUCAUUUCCAGUAUACAACUACCUGCAGCAGCUGAAAAGGACCUUCCUCGUAGUACAGACAGGACCGAAUCCUUCCAAAACAGAUGGAACCCAGGUUGAAUUUCCUAUCUCCCGCCUGGGAGACCAGAAGCAGUGGAGUGCAGCACUAGAAGAACAGGACCCAUGUUUCUGGACCAUCUCUGUGAACACACCUGCCAAUGCUCCCAUUGGCCAGUAUGCUCUGCUUUUAUAUGCCUCCAAGUCUUACUGUCUCCUGGGAAACUUCAUCCUUCUCUUUAAUCCCUGGUGCCAAGAUGAUGAAGUGUUCUUGGCUAAUGAGGCACAGCGGCAGGAGUACAUUCUAAACCAGGAGGGUAUCAUUUACUGGGGGACUGAAAAUGCAGUCCUGGCACAGCCCUGGGACUUCAAUCAGUUUGAGGAGGAUAUUGUGGACAUCUGCUUCACACUGCUGGACGUAGGUGAACGCCAUCAACGAGACAAGGAUCACACUCAGCGCAAGGACCCUAUUUACAUCUGCCGCACAGUUGCUGCCAUGCUGAACUGCGAUGAGGUUAGAGGAAUCAUGACAGAAUACGGGAGCGGGAAAUACUAUGAUGGGACAUCCCCUUCCAAGUGGCUGGGCAGCAGCCCCAUCCUCCGGCAGUGGGUGGCAUUGCAGUGCAAACCUGUCCGCUACGGGCAGUGCUGGGUGUUUGCUGCAGUCAUGUGCUCAGUUCUGAGGUGCUUGGGAAUUCCCACCAGGGUUGUCACAGGCUUCACAUGGGCUCACAACACGAACAGCAGUCUGAAUGUGGAUGAGUAUUAUGACGAAAAUGGGAUGCUGCUUACACAUGACGAGAGUGCCCGAGUCUGGACCUUCCAUGUUUGGAAUGAAUGCUGGAUGGCUCGAACAGACUUGCUACCAGAGUACAGCGGAUGGCAGGCACUAGAUGCCACCUGCCAGGAGAAAAGCAAAGGCGCAUCCUUCUGUGGGCCAGCCCCUGUUCAAGCCAUCAAAGAAGGGGACACUGAAGUGGAUUAUGAUGUCUGCUACUUCUUUGCUGCCAUAAAUGCCAAGUGCCACGUCUGGAUACACAAAGCAGAUGGCAUCCUCAAGCCAGCUUGCAUUUGCACAAAGUAUACCGGCAACAACAUCAGCACUAAGAGUGUGGGCAGUGAACGCUGUGAGGAUAUCACACACAACUACAAAUAUCCUGAAGGUUCUCUUCAGGAAAAAAAAAUACUUGACAAAGUCUACAGAAGAAUAAAGACACUUGAGACAACUACCAGCAGCAAAACAGAGUUCAGCUCCAUUACUACUGCCCUUGAAGAGCCAGUUAACCUUUUUAUCCAACUCCAGUCCAAUAGUUCUCUGCUACUGGGACAAGAUGUUCCAAUUUCUGUUGAAGUGUUUAACCCCAGCGGUGGAGAGAAGGCAAUUCAUUUGGUACUUGGGGCCCAGUCUCUACAUUAUGGUGGCACACCCAUUACCCAACUUUGGAAGAAAGAGUUUCAUUUUAUCCUCAAGAGCAAUGAAGCUACCACCCUGCAGGCCUUUGUGCCUUACUCACGGUACAUAAAAGAGUUGGGAGAGAACCAUCUGCUUCGUCUGACUGCCAUGCUGAGAGACAAGGACUCCUACAUAUGCUUUGCACAGGAAGAGAUCAGCAUUUGUGAUCCCCCUCUCAUUAUUAAGUUUCCAGAACACAUGGUACAGUACCAGCCAGCCACAGUGGAGAUCAGCCUCCUGAACCCUCUCACUGAACCCCUGGAGAAGUGCAUGAUAGUGGUUGGAGGGCGAGGGCUCAUUUACAGACAAAGGAAGUACAGGCUGGGUUCUGUGCAGCCUGGAAGCACUCAACAGCUGCGUAUCUCGUUCACUCCCACUGAAGCAGGGCCCAGAAGACUCACUGUGAAUCUUACCUGCCUUCAACUCCAGAACCUGAAGAGCUACAAAAGUAUCAACAUUGCAGCUGCGUGAUGCCCAACUUAGAACAAGUCCUGCUGUCCUAUUUGCAAGAGUGGUCACAAUCUGUCCUCCUGACCUUUGGCAAGCAUAGAUGUUAAAAGUUUAUUUAAAGUUAUAUUUAAAACCA